CGUAUAUUCUUCCCUACACAUGAAAGUGUUAUGAAAUUCGUGGUUCAUUCAUGUGGAUCUGUUAAACACAUGAAGGAAAAAUUACUUUUGGUACAUACCAUUAAACACUUCAUUGGUACCUACAACUAAAUAUCAACUCUAGCAGUAAUAGAACCAAGCAACAAUGGAGUCUCAACAAUCCCAUAACCAACUUCAUGUAACUUUUCUUCCACAUCCAAGUCCUGGCCAUAUGAAUCCUAUGAUUGACACAGCUAGACUAUUUGCAAAGCAUGGUGUUAAUGUGACCAUCAUCACUACGCAUGCUAAUGCUUCAACAUUCCAAAAAUCCAUAGACAGUGACUUCAAUUCAGGAUACCCUAUCAAAACACAUCUUAUCAAGUUCCCUUCAGCUCAAGUUGGUCUCCCUGAUGGUGUUGAAAACAUGAAAGAUGGAACUUCAUUUGAAAUACUAGGUAAAAUCGGCCUUGGAAUAUCCAUGCUCCAAGAUCCGAUUGAGGCUUUGUUUCAAGACCUUCAACCUGAUUGUAUAGUGACAGAUAUGAUGUUUCCUUGGACGGUCGAAGCAGCUGCAAGACUAGGUAUUCCAAGAAUUCAUUAUUACAGCUCAAGCUACUUCUCCAAUUGUGCUGCUCAUUUGAUCAUGAAGUAUAGACCUCAUGAUAAUUUAGUUUCUGAUACACACAAAUUUACAAUUCCUGGUUUGCCUCAUACAAUUGAAAUGACUCCUCUGCAGCUUCCUUUUUGGAUAAGGACACAGAGUUUUGCCACUGCCUAUUUUGAAGCAAUUUAUGAAUCACAGAAAAGAAGUUAUGGAACACUAUACAAUAGUUUUCAUGAACUGGAAAGUGAUUAUGAAAAACUUAGUAACACUACCAUGGGGAUCAAAACUUGGAGUGUAGGACCAGUUUCAUCAUGGGCUAACAAGGAUGAUGAAAAGAAGGGCAAUACGCUUGGAAAAGAGGCCGAGUGGUUAAAUUGGCUUAACACAAAGCAAAAUGAGUCCGUAUUGUAUGUAAGUUUUGGAAGUCUAACUAGGCUUGAUAAUGCUCAGAUUGUAGAAAUUGCACACGGUCUCGAAAAUUCAGGUCAUAAUUUUAUCUGGGUUGUAAGGAAAAAGGAGAGCGAUGAGAGUGAAAACACUUUCCUUCAAGAUUUUGAGGAAAGGAUGAAAGAAAGCAAAAAGGGAUAUAUCAUAUGGAAUUGGGCACCACAGCUUCUGAUAUUGGAUCACCCUGCAACAGGAGGGAUUGUGACUCACUGUGGUUGGAACUCAACUCUCGAAAGCUUGAAUUCUGGUUUGCCAAUGAUUACAUGGCCAAUGUUUGGUGAUCAAUUUUACAAUGAAAAGUUGCUUGUUGAUGUUUUGAAGAUAGCGGUCCCAGUUGGAGCAAAAGAAAAUAAGUUAUGGACUAGCACUAGUAGUGAAGACGUAGUGGUGAAGAGGGAAGAGAUAGCGAAGGCUGUAGAGAUUUUGAUGGGAAGUGACCAAGAGAGCAAAGCAAUGAGGGUGAGAGCAAAGAAACUUGGUGAUGCUGCCAAGAGGACUAUAGAAGAAGGUGGAGAUUCUUACAACAACUUGAUUCAGUUGAUUGAUGAUCUGAAAUCAUUGAAGAAAUCUAAACCACUUGAUGAGAAAGUGAUUAGAUAAGUCAAAUGAAGGAGUAGUGGUUGAUGCUUUAGGAGAUGUAUCUGAUGAAGACUUUCAAUAAGAUGAAACAACAUCCCCUUUUUUUUCUUUUCUUUUUUUCUUUUCCAGCUUAUGUUUGCUUUUAUAUGUAUUCCAAUAAACAACAUCCAAUUCUUGUGCAUUGCAAUGAGGAUAAAGGAAGUUAGUUUUUAGUUUUUA